AUGAAUGAUCCGGCCGAUAAGACAUUACAGGAUCAUGAUGUUAUUGAGAUUGUAAAUCCUUCUAAAAGAAACCAGGAAGACGAAACUAAACAUAUAGAAUCACCCAAGGCCAAAAAGCCCAAAUUAACGACCCCUGAUGGCACUUUGAAUUCGACUCCAUCCCCGGUUGAUGAAGAUAAUGUGAAAUCGCCAACUAAGGCACUUACUAAGAAGCAGAUUGAAAAGUUAGAUAGACAGAGACACAGAGAAAUUGAAAGGCUCGAGAAAGAGAAGAAAAAGGAGGAAGAAAGACUAAGAAAGGAGGAAGAUCGUAUAGCAAAGGAAGAAGAGAGGAAGAGAAAGGCUUACGAAAAGGAAAAGGAGAAAGAAAUGAGACGCAAAAAACUAGAGGAAGAAAAGCUCGAAAGGGAAAAAAGGAAAGAAGAAGAGAGAUUGAAAAAGCUAUCUGAAAAAGAAGAGAGGGAAAAGCAAAGAUUAGAAAAAAAGCGCAAGAAUGAAGAGCUCAAGGAGCGGAAGGAGCAUGAGAGAAAGUUAGCUGAGGAAGAGAAAAGAAAGGCUGAAGAAUUGAAAGAAAGAAGUCAAAUGAAAAUUUCUAAUUUUUUUACAAUAGGUAAGACUGUUAAAUCUUCCCCAACAAAAAAUGAGCAUAAGCUUGAAAGUAAUAUAAUAGACAUAAACAAUCAUGAAAGCAAAGAAAAAGAGGAAGAACUAGAUAUAUACAAUAAAGUCUUCUUACCAUUUUUUCAAAAGAAAAACGUUAUAAUCGCUCCUCCAUUACAAUUAUCUGAUUUUGAACUAAAGAAAUCGAUUGAUAAGUUUGACACGAUGGUAAGAUGUUCAAAUAAUCAGUAUGAAAAUUCGGAUAUUUCAACCUUUUUUAAAUCUAGCAAACCCAAACAUAGCGAAAGAAAAUUUACCUCUCCGCAAGAUAUUGUUAAUGCUUUAAACUCAUCACAAGCCACUGAAUCACAUAUUUACGAGAUGUUCCAAAAUUUGCUGCCAAUGAAAUAUUUACAGUUUUAUGAGAACACUAAACCUCCAUAUAUUGGAACAUGGUGCUCUGCAACCCAUGUGCUGACUAAAUUUCCAGCACGAAAUCCGUUUGAUACAUCGAAGUCAGGGUUAGAUUAUAGUUAUGAUUCUGAUGCAGAGUGGAAUGGAGAUGAUGCAGAGGAUGAAGGUGAAGGCGAAGAUAUCGAUAAUGACGAUGAGGACGAUGAGGAUGAAGACAUAGAUGAUGAAGAGGAGAUGGAAGAUUUUGUGGAGAGUAAUGAUUUAAUGAAAAAGAAAAAAAGAAUAAUGGGUCCAUUGGUAGCGAUAAGUAAAUGGAAUAAUGACGACAAGAAUGACUACCAAUUCUUCGAUGAAUUGAAGUACGAAAGAUUGGAUGUAAAUAUUGAGUUUUCAAUAGAUCCGUUCGCUAAUUAUUGGGAAUCGAAAAAAGAGAAAGUCAACUCACAUACUUCUGAAGCUACCAAUACCAAUUCUACAAGUCAGACGAAGGAUCAAGGAGCAAGUCCAAGUAAGAAUGAUAGCAGGACACCUAAAAUUUUAACUCCGCAAAAGCCGACUAUUAAAGAUCCUAAGGCUAUUCACGAAUUAAUUCAAUUCAUUGAGAAAAACAAUGAUUUUACUAUUGGUACUUUGGUAGAAUUGUCUAAGAAGGAAUUCAAAACCUUCACGAAAGCAUUAUUAAAGCACACAAUCCAAGAUAUAGCCUUUUAUAAUAAAAAAAGUGGAAACUGGAUAGUAAAACCUGAAUUGAAGGAAAAGCUAAGCACUGGGUCGGAAACAUAG